AUGGCGUCUAAAGCUGUAGUAUCAGUGGAAGAUUUAACCUGUCCUGUGUGCUGUGACAUCUUCAGGGAUCCUGUUGUCCUGUCAUGUAGUCACAGUGUGUGUAAAGUCUGUCUGCAGCAGUUCUGGAAUACAAAAGGAUCACAGGAGUGUCCUGUCUGUAGGAGAAGAUCAUCUAAAGAUCAGCCUCUUAGAAACCUGGCUCUAAAGAACCUGUGUGAGACUUUCUUACAGGAGAGAAGUCAGAGAUCUUCAUCAGGGUCUGAGGAGCUCUGCAGUCUGCACAGUGAGAAACUCAGACUUUUCUGUCUGGAUGAUAAGCAACCUGUGUGUCUGGUGUGUCAAACUUCAAAAAACCACAAAAACCAUGAAUUGUGUCCAGUAGAUGAAGCUGCACAUGAUAAGAGGGAGGAACUGAAGACUAAACUGGAGCCCUUACAGGAGAAAUGGAAGAUCUUUAAAAAACUCAGUCUGACCUAUGAUGAAACAGCAGAACGCAUUAAGACUCAGGCUGAACACACAGAUGCACAGAUUGGAAAAGAGUUUGAGGAACUUCACCAGUUUCUACGAGAUGAGGAGACAGCCAGGAAAGCUGCACUGAGAAAGGAAGAGGAGCAAAAGAGUCAGAUGAUGAAGGAGAAGAUUGAGGUGAUGAGUAAAGAGAUUUCCUCUCUCUCAGACACAAUCACAGCCAUAGAAGAGGAGAUAAAAGCUGAAGACAUUUUGCUCCUAAAAAACUUUGAGGCCACAAAGAAAAGAAUCCAGUGCACACUGCAGGAUCCAGAGAUGCUUUCAGGAGCACUGAUCAAUGUGGCAAAGCACCUGGGCAACCUGAAGUUCAGAGUGUGGGAGAAGAUGCAGGAGAUUGUUCAAUACACUCCUGUGAUUCUGGACCCCAACACUGCAGAACCACGACUAAUCCUGUCUGAGGAUCUGACCAGUGUGAGAUACAGUGAUGAGAAACAACAGAUUCCUGAUAAUCCAGAGAGAUUUGAUAAAUAUGCCUAUGUUCUGGCCUCUGAGGGCUUUGACUCAGGGACACACUGCUGGGAUGUUGAUGUUGGGGAUAAUACACACUGGACCUUGGGUGUUACCACAGAGUCAAAUCAAAGAAAGGGAAACUUGUUCUUUAACAAUGCCGUGUGGCGUUUAUGGUACAAGGAUGGAACGUAUUGGUCACAGGCCUUAGCGGGAAAGAAUACCUGCCUGUCAGUACCAAAGAAUCCAGAGAGGAUCAGGGUGGAGCUGGAUUGGCACAGACGAAGGCUUUCAUUCUCAGACCCUCUAAAUAACACGCACUUGGUCACUUUCUCAUGCUCAUUUACUGAAAGAGUUUUUCCAUACUUCUAUAGUGGCUGCAAACACUCUCCUUUGAGGAUCUUACCAGUGAAAUACUCUGUAACAGUGGAACAGAACAAAAUUUAUGUGAAUUCCUUCCGAAGCUUUUUCAGUUUUAGCUAA